AUGGAUGACGAAACGGCCGAAAUUGAGCUCCUAGAGCAGAACCUGAAUAAGACUCGGCAGAUCACUCAACGGAUGACUUCUAUCUUAUCUAGCUUCGAUGGUCGGCUUGUGAAGGUUGACAAUGCUAUUCGACCACUGUAUACCCAGUCUCAGGUCUUGACGAAGCGCUCAAACAAUAUCGACAAGGCUCUCGAGAAGAUCUACCAGCUCGCGAGCAGUCAGGAGGGCACAGCUGCAGAAGAAGCGCUGAUUCUACGUGGGCCGUCUACGGAGUCGCUUACGCGGUAUACGGACGCGCUUGAGCGGUUGAACGCCAGUAUCGCGUUCGCGUCUUCGGACCGUGACCCCCGGGAUACCGCUCGGCUGAUUGAUACAGGUGUCAAGAAACUCGCGCAACUCUUCACUAAACUCGUCGCCGAGGGCUCAUCCGGCGCACCUCCCGGAGGCUCCAACUUCGAACUCACGCCCUUCCCCCCAGACUUAUACUCGACACUCGCACCUCUCGUCGCCUUUCUACGCGGGUUGCCACUGCCAGCCACUCAUCCCAGUCACCCCGCGGCGAAAGCGAUUGAAAGCGCGCUCCGAGAAGCCCAGCGUGGGUACGCCGACAUGCGGGGUAACUGGGGAAGGAAAUGUUUGGACGUGUACUCGCGGCGGGUUUUAGAGCGCGCGGAGACGAUGGACGGUGUAAAUGCGGGACGUGAAGUUGGAAAGUGGACGCAGAACUUGCUCGAUGUUGCAGAGCAAGAGCACGCUCUACUUGCUCAGCUUGCGCCGCUACCGGAGUCGGGCCAACUAGCGCGGACGUACACCGCCCUGCUCACUCCCAUGGUCUCCCUCUUCAGCUCGACCCUCAACUCUCUCACGACCCUCAUCAAGCGCAGCCUACACAAGCACACCUUCCUCGCCCUCUCAGCCUACAGCGCCAUCCACGUCCACCAAUCGCGCUGGGACGUGCGCGUCGGGAGGUCGGACUCAACGUUGCGCGAUGCGCUGAGCGCUAUACGCGCGGUGUGUCUGCGCUCGUUCCCGGAGUUCUUGGCCGAUAUCAAGCUUGCGGCUGUUGGGAAGGGCCCACAAGGCGAGACGACCGCGCUUGCGGACUUUACGCUGAACACCGUUGACUACAUGAAGAACCUAUUGGAGGUACGGGACGCAGUAGGCGACGCUCUCGCUUCACUCGGUGAUGGUAACUGGAGGAUGGGUGAUGGCGUGCGUGUAGCGGGCGCUCAGAAGCUCGGCGUCGGCUCGGAGCAGAUACUGCUCGAGCAUUACAUCUACGACGUCAUCAACACCGUUCUAACAUCCCUUGCGGCGCUCUCCCGCGCCCAACCGCGUGCUUCUGUCGGCUCCGUCUUCCAACUAAACAACGUCGCCUACCUCAAAUCGGCCCUCCUCACUACUUCCCACCCGGUAUCAGGUCUCCUUUCACGCCCCACGCGCGAUACCCUCGCCAGCGCCUUCCGCACCGCCAAGGCGGCGUACUUCGACGCAUCACUGUCUCCGCUGGUUCAAGCGCUCGCGGAUGACCCCGCGCGUAGCGGCAAGACGGCAUACAAGGAGAAGUUCACGCGGUUCUACGAUCUAUUGGAUGAGGCCAAGGAGAGGCAUGCGCUCGUGAAAGUGCUGGAUGAGGAUGCCGAGGCGAGGAGGGAGUUGGCGGAUGAAGUCGUGAGGCUAGUCGUACCGAGCCUGCAAAGGUUCAUGCAGAGGACGAAGGAAAAGGAGUUCAGCAAAAAUCCAUCGAAAUAUAUCAAGAUGUCUCCCGAAGAGGUCGAGCAGACCAUCCGCAGUUUCUAUCGGUGA